UACGCACUAGUUAGUAGUACUCAGAAUCUCCACGCAGCUCCAUCAAGUGCUUCGCGGUGCGUCACAAAUUUGUCGCAACUUGUUGUUACAAAUCACUCUGCUUACAUUGUUUAUCAUCAGUACAAAAUAAUAAUUACAAUGGAAACCUUUGAGUCGUUAUUUUACGAUAACGUAAAACUUUUUGCUCCGAUACUGGUACUAUUUUCAGCAGGCGUUUUAAUUUACAACUGGAGGAGAAGAUGGCUUUAUUAUUAUGCUUCGAAAAUACCAGGACCAUUCGCAUUACCUUUAUUGGGAAGUUUUCACUUAGUUUCAGAAGGGCCUCACGGAGUUCAUAAAUUCUUAAAAAAUCUCUUCACCGAUUACCCUUCUACUUUGAAAGUGUGGUUGGGUCCGGAGCUGUAUGUAAGCACAACAGAACCGGAAUAUUUAAAAUUGUUGUUGACACGUUUCUUGGACAAAGGCAACUUUUACCAUUUAAUGACCGGUUAUUUCCAAAGAGCAUUAGCAGCGGCCCCUGUUAAACUGUGGAAAAAAAAUCGAAAAAAUAUUAAUCCUACGUUUAAUAUUACGCUUAUCAACAGUUUCGUUGACAUUUUCUCUAAACACGCUAAAGUGUUUACAGAAAAAUUUAAAGACGGUUGUGGAAAAGAAACUGAUGAUAUUUACCCAUCUGUUUGGGAAUGUACGCUUGACGCCGGCUGUGAAACAUUAGCGGAUGUAAGUCCGUCUAUAAUCAAGACGCAACAAUAUUUAUCAGGAGUUUUCAGAAUUGAAGAAAUACUCAUGAAACGUUUUUUCCAUCCACUUCUACAUUUUGAUAUUUUCUGGAACUUGUCUCCCUUGAAGAAAGAAUUGAACAAGCUCUGGAAACAAAACUGCUCUUGCAUGCAAAAGAUGAUUGAUUUAAUGGAAGUGCCUAAAACUACCCAAGAUAACGAUGAUGACGUAUCAACAAAGAAACGUUUCUUGACUCAUUUGAUAGACUUAAAUCACAAACAAGAAGUACCGCACGACUACGUACUUGAAGAAAGCCAGAUUAUGUUCUUCGUUGGAACAGAAACAUCCGCCGUUGUACUCAGUUCUACUUUAUUAGUACUCGGAAUGUAUCCAGACGUGCAGAAAAAAAUCGAGGAAGAACUGAUUUCCAUAUUUGGUGAUAGUGACAGAGAUCCUUCUUUAGAAGACGUGAACCAAAUGCAAUAUUUGGAAAGAGUCAUCAAAGAAACGAUGAGAUUACUCCCACCCAUACCUUUCGUUAUGAGAUCUGUAGAUGAAAAUGUUCACUUAGGUCCAUACGUUUUUCCCAAAGAUGCCAGAGUUAUCAUUCCCAUCGCUAUGGUACACCGACGACCAGAAUUUUGGCCUAAUCCAGAAAAAUUUGAUCCUGAUAGGUUUUUGCCAGAAGAGGCUGAAAAGCGGCCGGUUUGCUCGUAUAUUCCAUUUAGUUAUGGUGUUAGAAAUUGUAUAGGUUAUAAGUACGGGUUGCUGUCAAUGAAAAUAAUACUGUCUACAUUCUUGAGGUCUUACAGGAUAAAAUCUUCGAAUUACAAAUCCAUACAAGAUAUGGAUUUGUUCAUACACGUUGUAGCAAAACCCAAAAAUGGUUAUAAAAUUGUAAUCGAAAAAAAGCAAAAGUAAUAGCAACGGAGGGGAUGCAGAUUGUUUGCUCAAUUAAACGUUUUACUUGUACGAAGCUAUGACACUAAAGAUUUUUAUUUUUUUUUAAAUUUAUAAUAGAGUGGGUUUCAUAAAUGUA